CACUAGACCUAGCUUCAGCACUUAGAAAUUGUCAGCAAACGGGUCGGUUUCCAGAUUGACGCCUUCGACUGGUUGCUCGAAUUGCUCGCUGCUCAUCCAAGCUGCCGGCAAACUUACCAAAAGUUACGAGACAAAGUCAUUGAAAGAUGGCGUCCCUCGACAAGCUCGCCAUUCGAGGGAUCAGGGCUUUCGACGACAAGCAUACGAAUGUCAUUCAAUUCCAGAGCCCGGUUACCGUUAUUGUCGGGACGAACGGGACGGGAAAAACCACCAUCAUCGAAUGCCUGAAAUAUGCUACCACGGGAGAGCUUCCUCCGAACACAAAAGGAGGUGCUUUCGUGCAUGACCCGAAGAUGGCGGGGGAGAAGGAGGUCAAGGCUCAAGUCCGCCUUCGAUUCUGGAACGUCAAGCGGGAGAGAAUGGUCGUCAAUAGGAACCUGCAGGUAACAGUCAAGAAGGGUGGCGGGAUGACGAUGAAGACGCUAGAAGGGAUGCUUUCGAAGUGCGAUACGGGUGACGGCGGAGAGAGGCGGAAUGCGAUCUCUACUAAAUGCGCCGAGAUGGAUGCCGAAGUGCCUCGACUUAUGGGCGUGUCAAAGGCUAUCCUCGAGAAUGUCAUCUUCUGUCAUCAAGAGGAAUCAAAUUGGCCUCUCGCCGAGCCUUCAGCGCUCAAGAAAAAGUUCGACGAUAUCUUCGAAGCGAGCAAAUUCACGAAAGCGUUGGAUCACAUCAAAUCUAUCAGGAAGGAGCAGAAUGUUAACUUGAAAGUCGAUCAAGAGAGGUUGACUCACCUCAAGGUGGAUCGAGACAAGUCGGGAAGGCUUCGAGAACAAAUCGCGGCAGAUCGAACCAAGUUGUCACAGAAGGAAGCGGAAGCCGAGAAGCUGCAAGAGGAAGUCAAAGAGUUGACGAGGGCGAACCAGCAGUUUUACGAAAAGGCAACCACUUUCACUGCCAUCUUUGAAAAAGCGCAGAGUUUGACCAAUCAGAAGCAGAUGUAUGAGAACAACCAACAAAGUCUGAAGCGGACUAUCAAACUCCUGAAAGAAUCUGAUGAAGUCCUGGAAGAACAGCUGCGAAACUUCGAGCGAGACACUUCCGACCUCCAGGAAAAGCAAAAGUCGAAGCAGCGUACGAAAGAGCAGCGGAACCAGAAGUUGCAGGGGUUCCGAGCUCGACAGAGGACGGAGACCAGUCUUUUGGGUUCGAGGAAGGCUAAUCGGAAGGCAUACGAUGACAAUGCCAAAGCUCGUCAAGAACUGGUACAUCGACAGUGUCAAGACUUGGGUAUCGAGGGCUUUGCAGGCGAAUUGGGACGUGAGGAGAUCCGCUCAUACAUCGAACAGGUCAAGGAGGCCAUGGCGCAGCUCAGUGCUCAAGCAGAGAGGGUCAAGGCCGAUGGGCGAAAGACCGAGAAUGCGCUCAACGAUGAACUCAACAAUCUCCGAGCCAAGAAGUCUACCUGUCUGCAAAUUAUUCGGGACAGGAAUAGCCAGCUGAAUAACUUACAAAAGAGUACGAGAGACCUCGAGGCAGAUAUGGAAUCCAUCAGUACAAUCGAGAUCGAGGUGAAGAGCAUCGACCGAGAGAUUUCCGGGCUUCAGCAGAUGAUUGCGAACAUCCGAGAGGAGUUUGCCCAAGCUGGAUAUGACGACAAGCUGCGGGAACUCGGAUCGCAACUGCGUUUCCUAGAAAGCGAGAAGGAAUCGCUUAAUCAGGAGUACAGUCAGCUUAUGCGACAGGGAGAGAGUCGACUCAAGUUGGACCUAGCUAGAGAGAAGGUGCAGGAUUUGGCAAAGCAGAUCAACGACCACGUCAAUACUCACGGUGCCAAGUUCCACGAUAUCGUUGGGGAAGAUCUCGUGCCUGUUCAGAUGAAGGAAAAGGUCGAUGCCGCCAAAAGGACCAACGAAGCUACCCUAUCCGCUACCGAUCAAGCCCGCCAAAGCCACAAGAAUGAGCAAGUCAGGUUGGAGACAGAACUGCAAUCCCUUCAGGCGAGCAUCGGCACCAUGGAACAGGAGUGUAUUGCUGUUGAGCGAGAGAUACAGACUACCCUGUCUGACGCUCAUUAUAGCUCGUUAGAGGAAGCAGUUAAAGACGCUAAAAGCGAAAUUGAGAUCCGAGAAAACUUUUUGAGAACAGCCGAGCAUCAAGAAGACUUCUAUCGGUCACUCUUGACUCACCAAGAGAAGAAACAGGUGUGCCGAGGUUGCAAUCGAGGAUUCGAGGACGACGAGGUCCCGGCGUUCAAGAAAUACAUCGAAAGACAAAUUGCCAAGUUCCGAAGCGGCAGCCAGAAACAAGUUCAGGAGAUGACCGUCGAACUGAAGAGCUGGCAACAGCAAGAGUCGACCUACCAGAAAUUGAUUCAUGAAUUUGCCGAGUCGAGCAAGAAGGCUGGCGAGUCGAUUCCAGAGAUCAAGGAGAAGAUCAAGAGGUUGCAGGGCAAGAUCGAAACUGCCAACAAGGACAUCAACGAGAGCGAGCAAAAGAAGGUUAAGUACAAGCAGAGGGCAAGGGAUCUGGAAGCUCUGGAAAGGUCUGCUAUCGACGUGCUUCGAUGCCUCACGGAGACAGAGAAAGCAGAGAGCGAGGUAGAGAGCUUGGAACGAGCCCUUGCGAACACCGGUUCGACAAAGACGCCAGGGGACGUUCAGGCCAAGAUGCAGGAGCACGACAAGCAAAUCAAAUCGAAGCGAGAAGACGAAAACCGGAUCAAGUCGGACCGAGAUCAGACAAACGAAAGACUGAGGCAGCGAGAGUCCGAACUGGAGCGACGGCGCGUACAAUUGGCGGAAGCCAAAGUCAAGCAGGCUCGUCGACAAGAGUUGGAGAGGAAACUUGCUGAUCUGAACGAAGCUGCCGCCAAGUGCACGGCUGAUAUCAAGUCCAGCGAAAAGGAGUCUGCCGAAUUGGACGGGCCAACCAAGGUCGCAGCCGAAAAGGUACAAACACACGCAACCAAGUAUACCCAGGAACAUCAGGAACUAUCACAAAAAUAUGAAACAUACAAGAAUGCAAAGAUGGAGGUCGAUUCCAUCACUCGUUCGAUCAAGAAAUACGACGACGAGGACGGUGAUGGCAAGCUGACUGAAGCUGAGGAGUCUGUCAAGGAGGUCGAGCGGGAAAUAGUUCGGGCUGAAGACGAAUUGGAGACACUUCAAGAAGAAAUUGCGGCGCUAGCUCAACAGAUCUCGGAGAGCGACAACCGUCGUUCCACCAUCAACUCGAAUUUGCGAUACCGCGAAGCCGAGCGCAAGAUCGUCGAUUUGCGAAAGGAAAUUGAAGAGAUCGAUGUGGACGGUGCUGCCAAAGCCAAACGAGAUUUUGAGACAAAGUACGGACAGGUAGACCGGGAGAGGACCGCCAAGCACGGCAAGCAUCAACAACUCGUAGGAGAAAUCUCACAGAUGAGGGAGAACUUGUCUCGCAUUCAGAAGCAGUUGGCCACCGAAUACAAGGGAAUUCAAGACGAUUACACGGAGUGUCUCGUCAAGUUCAAGACUGGGCAGAUGGCCAGUGCCGAUCUCGAAAAGUACGGAAAAGCUCUUGAUAACGCCAUCAUGCAAUACCACGCUUUGAAGAUGCAGGAAGUCAACGAUACCCUUCAAUCGCUAUGGCACGACGUGUACACCGGAACAGAUAUCGACUUUAUCGCGAUCAGAGCCGAGGCGGGACCGGAGACUGCGACCAGGAGGACUUACAAUUACCGUGUCGUUAUGGUUAAGAACCAAACUGAGCUUGACAUGCGAGGACGAUGCAGUGCCGGCCAGAAGGUCCUGGCGAGUAUCCUGAUCAGGAUCGCUCUGGCGGAGAGCUUGUCCUUGAAUUGUGGAGUCUUGGCGUUGGACGAACCGACGACCAACUUGGACGUCGAUCACAUCGAGAGUCUCGCGCGAAGUCUGGCAGCGCUCAUCAACCUGAGAAGGGACAAUGCGUCUUCCCAACUCGUCAUCAUCACCCACGACGAGAACUUCUUGCGUCAGUUGGCGGCGGAAGACGCGUGUGACUUCUUCUGGCGAGUCUCUCGAGACCAGAACAUGAACAGCGUGGUGGAACGACAGCGAAUCAGUCUGGUCUAGAGGCCUGCUGUCGCGCUAUAGGCACCCAAGCCGGAUGAAUCCUAGUCUCUUCGAACGGUUGAGCAAGGCGCUUUUACGAUUCUGUAUUACGAUUUCCCAUUUACGACGAACGAUAUGCAACAGUGAUCAAGACCU